AACAGCGAAAGAUUAUACAUAAUAUUUUAUAAGGUUUUCUCAUCAAUUUAUUGAAUGAUAUUAACGUCACCGAAGAACAUAAUUUUCCUAAAGAGUACUUCCAUAGGAACUAAAGGACCGUAGGAACUAAAGUUUCCAAAGAUUGAUAAGUUCAUAAAUCUAAUCGUUGCAAGAUGGAAAGUGUGAAAGAUCGAGAGUCAGGAGAAUGACAGAUGUAAAGUCUUUAAAAGGUAGAAAUUCAGAGAUCGGAAGAUCCUAAAGUUGGAGCUCCCUGACGGAAGAAUAAUCUCGUGGAUGCCAGUCAACGUUCUCGAGCCCAUUAAAAAAGGUACCAGACAGAAAAUCGUUCUUCGUACAUCCGGCAGCCGCCACCCGCGCGAUUCUCACCAAGCCGCCACCGUCGUCGUCGCAAUGGCGAGGAAAGAGGGGUUACCAGUCCCCGUAGGAAGGGUACGCCGUUGCGGAUGGAGGAUGAGGACGGAGGAGUGGAUGAGCUACUAUGGAGGGAUGGCUAGGCCCGAGGGGGGCUGGCUGGAACAAAGGGGAACGACGGCACCCCCGAGCGGGAACGUGAACGCAAGCCGGAACAAUAAUUUAUUUUUGGCCUUCUCGUGAAAGGGAACGCUCUGCCCGUGGCAGGUACAUAUUAACCCCCGUCCUUGAUUGCGGGUCACUCCCGCCUAAAUGAGGAAAGAAUUACAUUGGGAAACAAAGUCCAAAGCGGCACGAUGCAAUUUUAGUUCCAUUCAAGCACCACUGCUAAACUAUUUUUAGCUUCAUAUCGUUAUUAUUAUUGGAAUGGAAUACGUUUGUGACGUCAUCUUAAGGAUAACAGAGUCAGAAAUUACAUUAAAUAUUUUU